AAUCGUGUCUACUCUCUACUUGGAAACAGCAGUCCUCUUAAUCCCGUAAUAUUUUGUGCAAUUUCCUGUGUUAAUUGAUUCAAAUUCUUGUUUAAUUCCAUUCUGAAGUUACUGUACUGUCGGACUGACGUUGUAAUAUAAAAUUGUGACACGGAUCGUUGAGAAAACAGUGUUAAUUUUAAUCGGUAAAUCUGAGAGCUGCGCUGCGCCAACACCAGUUCAAUCAUUGAAGCCAGGAAAAGCUUCCGAGAUUUCUGUGAGUUCAGAAGCAACAAGUGGUAUUUUAGCCGUUUUCAUUAAAAGUUUGUAUUGAUUACGUGAAAUACUGUCAAAAUUUUCCAAUAAAUUCCCGAAGACUGCACGGAAACUUGUAGUUCUCCGUUCAGGCAAGGAUUGCGCGAAAAAAGUGCGAUUAUUUUGAAAAGUGCUACUGGUGUUUGACACUUACACAGUCACCCACACCGUGCAAGAACAAGUUAUUUUUUCCUCGCUUAUUCCCUCUUCGGUUGUGUGCUGUGGAACGCAAGACUCAUACCAAUAUCGGAGACACGCAGAUUCAGGCAGAAGGCUGUGAAGCUUGCGAUCACCCGUGGAUCGCUUUUGGAAUUGGAUUUUGAUCGGCUCUUCUUCGCGUCUGCUGCCGCCUAUUUGGAGCUGCCUGCCGCCAGCGUUGAAUUGAAUCAUUUUUUUUCGCUUUUGCUGUUCUACUGCCUUGCUUGUUGGAUGAAAUUUAUUUUGACGAUUCACAAAAUGCAUCUACAUGGACUGGCAACCUCUCCGAAUCACCGAACACGCCAAACCGCUAUUCGUGACUAACUACAACCAAUUUCAUGAAGGAGUCAACGGUGAACAAAGAUUAUUUUCGAAACACCACAACACACUGUAACCGAUGGUUUUGCAAAACGAAAAGGAACCCAAAAAACCGCUGGGUUCCUCGCUGACUGGUGCACCAGUAGCGGUAGUCGGCAACGGAAACGGCAGUGUGACCGUGCCGGGAAGUGGAACUUCCUCGUCUACUAACGUUAUUGGUAACGCCGGAAAUGGAAGCAGUACGCUAUCUUCUUCGGGAAACGAGCAGCCGAUGUCAAAGCGGCAGCGAAUUGAGAACGAUUCCGACGUUGUGGACAGUUCGAGUGGUAAUUCGUCCAAUGCCUCGUCGCUUAUUGCGUCAGCCAGUUCUAGCUCGACAUCCCUGUCGUCAUCCCCACCGACAUCGUCCUCGUCUAAUGCUUCUGCAGCCGCAGUGGUUCCUGUCGCAACUCCGUCACCAGCGGUGACAGGUAUGCCAGAAAACGCAGAUGCUCGAUCAGAAACGGAAGAAGACGAUCUGCUCCUGCGACAGGUGUCAGACUAUCAAGCGCUGUUUCAAGAAGCUAUAUCACGACAAUGCCUAUGUCGGCUGGAAACCGAGGUGCUAUUAAUGUCCUUUCAGUCGUAUUAUAUAUGCAGUGAGGCAUCCCCGUUAAACAAGGGUGGACGAAGGGUAGGGAAAAUACGGCAACUGCUACCAAUGAUUGAGUGGCCAUUCGAAUAUCUUCUCAAGUUCCUGUCUAACGUGCAGCUGCUUUUUGAUACGUACUUGAAGCAGAACAUCAAAGGUAACAUAUGUUCUGGGAUAAUGGACAUGUGUAACUAUCUAAUACGAAGCGAAAACCAGCAACACGCGGAUGCGGAUUUCGUCUCAGUUAACGUGGAUGAGAUUAUUGGUUUGUGUAACUACAACAACAAGUUCAUAAACUACCUUUCCGGGAGGAUAUUAUCCUCAUUCCUGAUUAUAAUUAAGGAUAACUGGGACGACAGGUGGCUGGAGAAGAUCGUAGCAAAUUUGUUCGGUUUUCAUCAAGCGGAUUUUAUGGCAGUGAAGAAAAUCAACUUUAGUUUGGAUAUUAUCAAACAAAUCGUAGAAUGGAAAGAUGAAACGGAACAUCCACUCGAGGAGGAUAUUCAAACCGGACAAGCACCGGUUGCCGGUUCUUCUGGGUCUGGAGGGUUUCAUGUUCCCCCACUAGAAAAUAACUACUUCGCCACACAUUACGGUUCUCAGCAGUAUGAAGGUGAACCGUUAACGAAUAGCAUUUUUAGUCCAUCGUCGGGCUCAACUCCAUUGGUAAACCCGGGCACGUUUCCCUUGUCUAGCCAUAGUGUAAUAAGUCAGCAUCAACAACCCCUCCAGCAACAUCUUAGCGGAAGCAUAUCUUCAAGUUCCUCCCAACAAGUAUGCCAUAUCAUAACCUUGACGGAUUCGGAAAGCUUCGAUACGACAAGAAUCAAAUGCGAAACUAUUUGUGUCCUUGGUCGAAAGUGGUCAGCACUUGUGAAAAUUAUCAGCAAGCUUAUCCCAGAGGUGUCGCGCCCAAACAACCCACAGAGUAUAUCAACGGAAACCUGUAUCCUAACCUUCUUAGGGCUCUGGGAAAGCAUUAUCAGUGUUAAAGCAAAUCUCUCGGUAGUGGAAACAAAACCGUUCUGUUCGAAACUAGACGACUUCCACGCUCUGCUUCUGUCGACUGAGAACGCAGUGAUCUACAAGCAGAUGCUAACUUUGUUUAAUGAAGCACUCUGCUAUGGAAGUACGUUAGCGCUGCAGGAUUUUAUUCCCGAAGAAGUGGGUAGUUUAGCUCACAGUGUUGUCAGGUCCGUCAAGGACCACCGCAUAUUAGAUAAGAUGCCUAAAUCUAUUUACAAAAGUGGAAUAGGUUUUUUAGGUCACAAGGGAGAAGUCGUUCAGUAUCACGACAGCCGUCUAUCACAUGUUAUGGAAGCAAAUGGAAGGUGCAGUAUUGCUGGGAGCAGUAGUGGUGGCAGCAGUUCUCAAAGUGCGGCUGUUGCUUCCACGUCUUCCGGGUCUCAUUAUGACCGAACUCUUAUGCAAAAAAUGGCACUCUUAGUCUUGAAAGCUGUGGCAGUCAUCGUGAAGGAAAUUCGAUGUGACUCCAGUGACAGCAGUGUGGACAGUAGUGACAUUGAUAUGCAAGAAAUACAAAUGAUUGAGCGGAGCAUCCGAGAUGUAGUUCGAAAACUGGAGACUUACCUUAAGCAUCAGCUCGAGUUUCACCCAGAUAGCCACUUCAGUCAGGUAUUAAUACAUCUGUUUGAUGACCAAGACGACUAUCUGGUGGAGGCGAUGGUGUGUACGCUGGACGUCACAUCCGGUAUAUCUUUCCGUAAUAACGCCUUCCCGGAGCUGAUCGCAAUUCUGAAUCCAGUGUACACGUUUAUCGAAUUCUCCAACUUGGGACCAAACAUCACACACCUGUUUCUGGAUUUAUUGAUCAGUACGGAGACCUGUUUUCUGUUGUUCCUACUUCGGUUUCUGAAGUACAUUCGACAAAACUGGGCAAUGUUUACGGAGAGUUGUCUGAGUUACUACAGACACAACAGCUACAGCAACGCCCGGGCGGUUAUGUACAAUAGUAGCAGCGCGGCAUUGCAGACCAAUCAACAGAAUCAGAACGUGGUGCUGGAUAAUGUUAUGACGGUGCUAAUAAGUUUACGGUUGCAAAUCAGUCGUCUCGUCGCGGACACCAUUUUUCCUUACAAUAUCGGCCCGAUCCUGCGAUUAAUUGAGAACUGCGAGAGUUUGUACGAGGGUAACGAAUUAAGUUGAGGUGAGUUUUGUUCUUCGGGGUAUGGGAAGGAACUAUGUUUGUGAUGCAGGACGGUUCUGCAAAACGGGUAGCUCCAUUAUGACCAAAUUAUAAGUUUUUAUUUGCUCAAGGAAUCCCAGUGAAUGCGAGAAUGUUAUAUUUUGAGAAGAAACUUAUCUAAUGUAAAGUUCAAGUAGCCUCGUAUUCCGUAUGUAAUAGUUUUAUGCAUAUCUUUGUACUCGGAGUUGCUGAGUACAGUAGCGUACAAAAAAACGUACAAACGUGUAAAACCUCUACAUUAACACAAAGAAAUUAUUUCAAUUCAAAAAUUGUAAAACAUCUCGGCUUUAUGUUCCAUACCUUUUGAUAUAUUUUAUUCGACAAAUUUCAAAAACAUCUUAAAUCUUGAAGGACCUUCUGAACUCGGGACGUUGGUGCUUAGUCAUCUGCUGAUGAUUUCGCAAACACAGAAAUUGUAAAAAAACGUACGGAAAAGUGUUCUCUAGCCACAAUACUGAUUAUCCUGAAAAUUGCACGUUGAAGUUUGCGUGCAGUGCAGUCAAAGACCGCAAGCUUAGACACAUAUCACAUAAAAGUGCUACUGUUACUAGCAUCACAAACAUAGUUCUUAUACCUAACAAUAAUUUUGAAUCUACAGAAAAAAAUAUUCGGUUAAACAAUAACAAAAUGUUCAGGUAUGCUUCAAUGAUAUUAAAAUGUUUUUGAGCGAACGUAUUUAUGGUUAAUUUUAUGCUUUCGGAAGAAAUAAAAUGUUAGAAUUAUUUGAGAUCAAAAUUACACAUAAAAUUAGUGUUUCUUGAACCAGAAAAAAAACUUUAAAUCGUUUAGACAAUACUGCCGGCCACGAAACAGUGCCUUCGUACAGAUCCUCUCCACAUAGUUGGAUGGAUCCAAUUUCCAAGUACUUCCGUAAUCGCAAUCCUGUAAUAUUUCGUUCUGCAGACUGAUCGUUAAAAUAGAAAAGUUCUCUCUCACACGAAUCAUUGUGUUAGUUAAUAAUAUUCUCCCCUCAAGUGGGUUAUUUUGUUUAGUCGUUUAGUAUAUUUGUACAUAAUAGCGAUAGAGUAACUCAGCAGUAAUAGAUAACACUACGCCGAAAGACGGUUCGCCCAAUGAAAUAAGACCGCAACAAAUAACCCUCAUCUACUAACUUCGACAAAUUUACCAUUCGAUGAAUGGUGCUUAGUAAAAAUGGUUGAUGGGUUAUCACAAAAUUAAGAUGCGAUUGCAGUGCUUGCAGAGUAAGUAGAGCCUUGGUUCUACCAUUCGGUCUAUUCCUGUAUGUAUUUUUUGUAUAAAUUGUAAUUUAGUUCCAACUAAAAUUCGUUAGUAAGGAAAGGAGAAUUUUUUAAUUUAUGGUGACCACCUAAAGAUAAUUUAUAUUGCUAGAAAACAUAUAUGUGUGUGUGAAAUAUUUAGUUAGGUUUUAUUAUGCAAAUAAUAAUUUAUAUAAAAAUCAGAUCGUUCGAUGUGUACAAUUGACUCACAAUAAACUAUUUAAAAUUAAACUUGCCUCAACAAACGUCGUUAGAGAAGGAAUAGAACUAAGAGAAACUUACCUUGGCAUUACCAUUUUGACAUAAGCGUUGCGCUUCUGUAAUCUGCGUCGAAAUAAACAGAUUAACCAUUGAAUUAUGUUAAAAAUAUUGGAAAUCAAGAAAUAUUAGAAUCAAGUAGAUUGGUCUUUGCAUCUUAAAACUAUUUUUGACUGCCACCAAGAACUCAAAAAGUCAUCAAAACUUUAUGUAUCAGGCUUUAGUCUUUUGGUCGAUGCCAAUUUUCGAGAAAAUCAAUCGUCAACAAUCAAUAUAAACUUAGUUUAGAAACACUCUCCACUCUCAGGAUUUAUCCAUCGGUACGCCGGAAUCAGGAAACGUUGAUU